GAGAGAGAAAGAGAGGUUCAUAACUACUCUGAAGAAGAUUAAAGCACCAACGACCAUACAAUGCAUUUCUCCAUCUAAGGUGAGAGGUCAAUGAAACAAUUAACAAAAAGUUGAAAGUUUUCAUCUUUUCUUUCUAUUUUUUUUUUUGUUUUCAUCAGAAAAUUAUUAAAAAGAUGGAGAGUAAAGGGUUUAGAAAAGCUUUUCCCUUUAUGUGAUAAAAAGAUGAUUUCAGAAAACCAAAACCAAAGCCCUUUGUUUCUCUCUCUUAACUCAUCUUACUUUUCUUCCUCUAUUAGUAAAGAUGUAAAACACAAUACUCUCUCCACCAAAUAAACAAAGAAACAAAACAAAAAACAAUCUCUCCUUCUUUCUCCUGCAUGAAAAACAAAAGAUUCCUCAAUAUUGUUCUUAUUAUUUGUUAGUCACAGUACCCUUCCUGUAUACACUUAACACUAUCUUCAGAUAAAAAACAAAAAAGAAAACCUCAUCCAAUGAUAGACUACGAGAGAAGCAAGAACAUAAACCAUCAUCGGAAUCCUCCUCCUUCAUCUUCCUCCGAUCUUCUUCCCGACGGUAAUGGAGCCGCCGUGACCCAAAAGAGGAAAAGACGACCUGCUGGGACACCAGAUCCGGAGGCUGAGGUGGUAUCUUUAUCUCCAAGAACACUACUAGAAUCAGAUCGGUACGUGUGUGAGAUCUGUAAUCAAGGGUUUCAGAGAGACCAGAAUCUACAGAUGCACAGGAGAAGGCAUAAAGUUCCAUGGAAGCUUUUAAAGAGAGAGACCACCGAGGAAGUGAAGAAGAGAGUCUACGUUUGUCCAGAGCCGACAUGUCUCCACCACAACCCUUGUCACGCCCUCGGUGAUCUCGUGGGAAUCAAGAAACACUUUCGAAGGAAACACAGUAACCACAAGCAAUGGAUCUGUGAGAGAUGCUCAAAAGGCUACGCUGUUCAAUCUGAUUACAAAGCUCAUCUCAAAACAUGUGGCACUCGCGGCCAUUCCUGCGAUUGCGGUCGCGUUUUCUCCAGAGUGGAGAGUUUCAUUGAGCACCAAGACAAUUGCACCAUGCGUCGAUCACAACACUCAGGCCACCGCAUACAACAACAAGCCGCAAACGCUACACAAACUGCUUCAGCCGCCAAAAACGUUGACCUCUCCGUUGGUCCUGUAUUGCCAGGACAUCCUUUGUUAAGACAAGCUCCACCGUUCGAACAACAAACAUCCGAUUUGCUCCAUCCUUUCUUUGGGUCAUGCGCUACUACUGGUAGUAGCAUCGAGCUUCAGCUACUUCCAUCGCGGGCUAGUGCUGAUGAGACAAGCCUCAGUUUGUCGAUAGGGAUGGAGCCGACAACGUCAAGCUACGAGAAGGGAGAGACGAGCUUGCUAUUGGGACAAAAAGAGGAAGCCAGAAGAGAAGCGAAAAGGCAGAUAGAGAUUGCGGAAUUUGAGUUUGCUGAAGCCAAGAGAAUAAGGCAACAUGCAAAAGCUGAGCUUCAUAAAGCUCAGCUUUAUAGAGAAGAAGCAAGUAGGAGGAUUAGUGCAACGAUGAUGCAAAUUACUUGUCAUAAUUGCAAGAGACACUUCCAAGCUGUUGCUGUUGCUGCUUCUGCUCAUCCUCCUCUUGCACAGCCGCCUUGUACCGAUGAGAGUACAUCACUUGCUGUGAGCUAUGUGUCUUCAGCGACUACCGAAGGUGAAAAAGCGAGUGAUAGAGCAUCGUCAUAG